AUCAUCAAAAAAAGACACCCCAAAUAUGAAGUUCUCAAGGAGGAGAUAAGGAUGAUGGUGAUAGAUGGGGCUGAAAGCGGAGAUGAUGAGGAAGCAGUAAUUGCCGAUAAGUUGCGGUUAAUUGAUAAUGUUCAACGUUUAGGCAUUGGGUAUCAUUUUGAAGCAGAAAUUGAAGAAGCACUUGAAAAAGUGCAUGUUUUUGGAGAUGACUUAUUCAUCAAUAUUGAUGACAACAAUACUACUGAUCUCUACCAUGCAACUCUUCGGUUUCGGCUCCUCAGACAACAAGGCUUUCCGGUUUCAUUAGAUGGGUUUAGGAAGUUGAAGGACAGUGAAGGAAGGUUCAAGGAACAUUUGGCAUCAAAUGAGCAAGGGUUGUUGAGCUUGUACGAGGCAACUCACUUGGCGCUCAAUGGGGAAAUCAUAUUGGAUGAAAUCUUAACAUUUACGACCAAGACCCUGAAAUCGAUCCUAUCACAAAAUACCAUCAACCAUUCAUUUCAAAAGCAAAUUGAUUUUGCCCUUCGCUUUCCUGUUUGGAAAUGCAUCCCAAGGUUGCUUACUAGGCAUUACAUCGAUUUCUACUUGGACGACCCUUCCCACGAUCAGACACUCCUCACAUUUGCAAAGUUGGAUUUCAACAUAGUCCAAAAACUACAACAACAAGAGCUCUAUGAAAUCACAAGUUGGUGGAGAAGUCUUGGAGUAGGCACCAACUUUCCAUACGCAAGAGACAGAGUUGUGGAGUGUUAUUUCGGUAUGAAUGUUGUUUACUUCGAGCCCAAGUAUCGACUCGCAAGGAUGAUACUCAACAAGAUAUCUUUAACUUUGUCUCUUAUUGACGAUACUUACGAUAACUAUGCUACAUAUGAAGAGCUUCAUAUGCUCACAGAAGCUAUUGAAAGGUUGGAUACUAAGGCUCUCAAAGCACUACCUGACUCGAUGAAGGAUAUUUACCGAGUCAUCAUUAAUACGUACGAUGAAAUCGAGAUGGAACUUGAAAAAACUGGAUCCGCCUUUGGUGCGGAGUAUGCUAAGACAGAGCUAAAACGAAUGUGUCGAUCCUACUUCGUUGAGGCACGAUGGCGUACUGAAGGAUACGUUCCAACAGUGGAGGAGUAUAAGACAGACGGAUAUAUCACUGGCAGUUCUCUCAGUGUUCCCACAUCUGCUUUACUCGGGAUGGGAGCAGAAAUAGCAACAAGAGAGGCUUUUGAAUGGCUUACUAACGAACCUAUGGUGGUAAGAGCUCUCGGUGCUAUUACUAGGCUUCAAAAUGACAUUGUCUCUCACGAGUUGGAACGAAAGAGAGAGCAUGUGGCUUCAGCAGUGGACUGCUAUAUGAAGGAACAUGCAUCGUCAGAGGAGGAAGCAAUCGAAUUCUUUUGGAAGGAGAUUUCUAGAGGUUGGAAAGACAUUACUGCAAAGUUUGCCAAACCAACCCCGGUCCAUGUAGCUCUGAUAGAACGUCUUCUCAACUACGCACGUUUUUUUCAUGUGUUAUACGAGAAGGGUGAUGGCUACACGAACGCUCGCCUUUUAAAAGCACACAUUGUUUCAUUGUUCGUUGAUGCCGUGCCUCUUUGA